AAAAUAUACUUCGCAAUUCCUUAAAUAUGCUUGGGUGAUUUUCGAGUAAUUGGCUGUCUAAUUUUGGAGAACUUUCUGGAGAUUUAUGCAAUCAACACUACCAUUCUCCCCCCUAUAAAUAGGCCACCCAUCUCAUUCACUUCUCCCACUAAAAGAUCAUAGAAAGAGCAAGGGAGCAAAAGUAGACAAACAGGAGAAUCCAGCAGUGCGUUAGCAUCAUCAUCCAUCCAUGGUGAAGAGCAGCGGCAGCAGCAGAGUCCUUCAUACACCCAAGUCUUCCAUCCCGCUUCUCAGCACCACCAUGACCACCACCACCAUGACCAACCUCCAACCAAGGGUGGAAAGUAUUAGGAAGAGGCCAUAUAAGGGAGUGAGGAUGAGGAGCUGGGGUUCCUGGGUCUCAGAGAUCAGGGCACCCCACCAGAAGACCAGGAUCUGGCUGGGUUCCUACUCCACCCCUGAAGCCGCUGCGAGGGCCUACGACGCCGCCCUCCUCUGCCUCAGGGGCUCGUCGGCCGCCCUCAACUUCCCCACCUCCCUCCCCUACCACCCUCCCAAUACUGUCACCUCCCCAAAGUCCAUCCAGAGAGUCGCUGCUGCCGCUGCGAACGCCGCCACCCCCACCACCUCCACGCUCAGCCCUGCGAUCACCCCAUCGCCGUCUCCUCCCUCCCCUUCAUCUCCAUCUUCGCCAUCCGACACCACCCAAUACUCUCCAUCCACAACGACGACGACGACCAGCUCGAGCAGCUGCGUAGCGAGCACCAUGGAAAAGGAAUGGUGGGUCGACUUCGGAGCAUUCCAGUCACCGAUAUUUGUGGAUCAAAUUAUCAACCCGUCGAUCUCUCCUUGGGAGGAGUCGGAUGAGGAGGGAGACUUCAAACUAUGGAGCUUCUGCUAGAGAAAUAUUAUAUAUUUCCCCUCUCUAGAUUUAGAUGAGAUCUAGAGGAGGUGAUACUGACAGUAGGUGUCCGAUAGGUAAAGAUCCCAUGGAGCUACAUGGUUUUAGGUUCUUCCUUGGAGUUCCUAUAAUUGCACACAAACACAGGUUUUCAAUAUUUAUUUGCUUUGGCUCAAGAGGUGGCGAACGACAAGAGCUAUCGGAUUGUUUCGUCGUCGCAUGGAGUUCUCUUUUUCAUGGAUGUAUGGAUUCCAAUCAUAACUUGGGAAGUGUGCAAGUGAUCAGGGAUUCCUUUUUCCUAAUUAGAAAACUUUGGAGGGAAUAAAUCCAGAUUUCUCGUUUUUUUUUUUCAUGAGGAGGUGGCAAUGGCCGUUGGAUCGACAUAAUGGAUGGAGUGGAUGGCUCUCUGAUGGGAUGGGAAAGGGGAUCACUACUGUACCCCCUUCAAUGAGUAAUGCUAGCUGAGAUUUUCUUUGGGUGGUACGGUUUCUUUACUUCUGUAUCCUUUGGAACAUAUUCCCACGGUUCAAGUACUUGAUCACUUUUAAACUUUCUAUUGUUUCA